GUACAAUUGUAUAUACAUUUUAGAAAAAAAUGAUAAAUUUUCAUAAAACCCCUGCCAUAUCAAAUGUCCAAGUCAGUCCUAAAAGAUCUUCUCACAAAGACACACGACAGCAGUUAAAAAAGAAGCUUACCAAAAGCAAUAAAGAAUACCUCAAGCUAAUUGGUUUAAUAAAAUGAAUAUUUUAAACAUAUCUCAACAAACCUCAUACGACAACAGCAUCGAAAGUUUUGAGUAUCAUUCGUACAGACCGUAUGUAACAAGUUUCAACAAGAAUGAUGAAAUACGAAUCCCCAUCAAUCAACAAGACCUAUAUGUGCUGCCUUCGCUCAGCAGUUUGUAUAUCGAAGGCAAAGUAAUUGUCUACAACAGGACAACUAAAGAAAAGGUUUCAAAUGUACAUUUCGUUAAUAAUCCAGCGUUAUUUCUAUUUCAAGACAUAAGAUAUGAAUUAAAUGGAGUAGAAAUAGAUAAAAUAAAAAACGCAGGUGUAACUACGACCAUAAAGUCUUAUCUGUCCUUAAAUGAAAACGAAUCAAAAUAUGCUCGAGUUUGGGGGUGGUCGCCAGAAGGUAUAAAUAAUACAAGUGGUGGAGAAUUUUCUGUAUCCAUUCCUCUAAACAAGAUUUUAGGAUUUGCGGAAGAUUAUGAAAAAAUUAUCAUUAACUGCAAACAUGAGUUAGUGUUGCUUAGAUGUAACACUAACCUUAAUGCAAUCAAGUUGAAAACAGGAGAAGUUUUGGAAGAUAUUGUUAUAAGUAAAAUUAUCUGGAGAGUACCUCAUAUUAAAGUAUCUGACCGCGAAAGAAUAAAUUUACUAAAACAAUUAGAAAAAGAUCGAGCUAUUCCAUUAGCAUAUCGUAACUGGGAUUUAUACGAGUAUCCAUUAUUACCCAAAACUCGUAAACAUACUUGGUCCAUUAAAACUUCAUCUCAAAUAGAAAAACCGCGAUUUGUUGUAUUAGCUUUACAAACCAACCGCAAAAACAACAGUGAAUUGUCGAUGGCGGAGUUUGAUCACUGUCACGUACGUGAUGUGAGAGUGUUUUUAAAUUCGUCAUACUAUCCAUAUGAGGGAUUAAACGUCAGUUUUACAGAAGACAAAUUUACUUUAUUAUACGAACAGUAUGCCAGAUUUCAACAGUCGUAUCACGGACGUCGGUCAGAGCCGUUGAUGAGUUUGAAAGAAUUCAGAGACGUUGCUCCCUUAUUCGUUAUCGACUGUUCGCGACAGCACGAAACGUUAAAAGGCUCAAUCGACGUGAGAGUAGAAAUCGAAACAGACCAAGAAAUACCUGAUCAGACAGCUGCAUAUUGUCUGAUUUUAAACGACUGCAUAUUUGAGUAUAAGCCUUUGAGUAAUAUCGUUAAGAAAAUAUCAUGAAUAGUAAUACAAUAAUCGUUGACUUACAAGGAUUUAAAAAUAAUAAUAACGACUUUUUAGUAAAAGAAUUAUGUAUAGCCACUCGACAGCAUACACAUACAUUUUAUGUUAAACCACCAUACCCAUUCUCAGCGCUAACCGAUGAUGAAAAAAAGAAUGUUCGGUGGUUAGAAAGAAAUAGAGGGUUUCGAUGGAGCGAAGGCUAUAUCGAUUACAGAGAAUUCAGAAGAAUUAUUAAACCUUACUUAAAAGACCGAAACAUUAUCGUAAAAGGUGAAGAGAAAGUGAAAUGGGUGAAAGAACUGUGUGAUCAUAAUAAUAUUGUAGAUAUAAGUUACAAAGACAUUCCAAGAUUUAACAUUCUGUACGAUCUGUAUUGUAAGGAAGAAUCGUAUAACUGUUUUAUUCAUAAGAAGUAUUGUGCAUUAAAAAAUGUAUUAUGUUUAAAAAAAUGGUGUUUAGAAAAUAAU